GUCAGUCCAUCGUCGGUCAACGCCCACUUUGCCAGCGGCUUCCGCUUCUGUGUGGAAACAAGGCUAUACACACAAUUCCUGCCCAUCUCUCCGGGCUUGCCAAAAACAUUCAGAGAGCAGUCGCCGCGGAGGUCAAUAAUUUGCCUUGAUCAACAAUGCCAAAGAAACAAAGCUCUUAAGCUAGAAGCAUCAACUUGGGAUCCAUCAUCUGAGGAGCUGUUUUGCCCUGAGGAGCUUCGUUUGCCUGGCGGUGGUCCUCUCUGGUUCAAACAUCUGCUAAAGCCAGACUUUGGGACCCCCGUCUUGAUAUCUCUGAUUGUCCUCUUCCCCUGGACGCGUUCCAGAGGAAACAACGUCUCUUCCCUCCCUUCAGAGGAACUGUUGGGUCGCCACCAAAAGGAACAUGUGCUAGAGGCCCAACAUCUGCUACAAACGACUGCUCAACUUUGAGUGGAGAAGAUGAGCAAUGAUGACGAGUUUUACGACGCCGUCACAGGCCUGGAAUCAGACGAGUCGUGUGAAGGCUUGUCGGAGGCCAGUUUCAAAGAUGCCAGAGGGUUUGGUUACAGCGUCGAGAAGAACAAUGGAUCGGUCCCACAAAAGAACGGCAUCAAGAAACGCAGGACGUCUUUACCGGCACCCAUGUCUUCCAGAAACUCAGUCAGCAUCUGGGGUAUCCUGAAGAAAUGCAUCGGACUGGAACUGUCCAAGAUCACGAUGCCAAUCGCCUUCAACGAGCCGCUGAGCUUUCUGCAGAGGAUCACGGAGUACAUGGAGCACGCCUGCCUCCUCAACAGAGCCUGCGAGCUGUCCAACUCCUUACAGCGCAUGGAGAUGGUAGCUUCUUUUGCUAUAUCAGCAGUAGGGUCUCAGUGGGGAAGAACCGGUAAACCCUUUAACCCACUGCUGGGAGAGACCUUCGAACUCAUCAGAGAGGAUCCGGGUUACCGGCUGGUGUCAGAGCAGGUGUCCCAUCAUCCUCCGGUCAGUGCCUUCCACGCAGAGAGCCUCUCCGGGGACUUCGUCUUCCACGGCUCCAUCUAUCCCAAGCUCAAGUUCUGGGGCAAGAGUGUCGAGGCAGAGCCAAGAGGAACAAUGACAUUAGAGCUUCUGAAGCACAAUGAGGUGUACACAUGGAGUAACCCCACCUGCUGCGUGCAUAACAUCAUCCUGGGCAAGCUGUGGAUAGAGCAGUAUGGCACAAUGGAAAUAAUCAACCACAGCACCGGGGAGAAGUGUGUGCUGGAAUUUAAGCCUUCAGGGAUGCUUGGCAAAGAUCUGCACAGAGUAGAAGGAUACAUCCAAGAAAAGAGUAAAAAGAAGUUCUGUGUACUCUAUGGGAAGUGGACCGGGUACAUCUGGGCCGUCAACCCUCAUACCUACGAGACCUACAAGAAGUCGGAAAAGAAAGACGACAAGACCAAGAAGAACGAGGAGCUUGAAAAUGCCGAGAAUUGCGACGAAUCCGAUUCGCCUGAGCUCCUCAAGUCGGUGAAUGCUGUUCCAGGAAGCUCUUUGUUGUGGAGGAUACAGGCCCGGCCACCGCACUCUGCGAAGAUGUACAACUUCACCAACUUUGCAAUGGCUCUUAAUGAGCUGGAGCCUGGCAUGGAGGCCAUUUUGGCCCCGACCGACUGUCGCUUCAGGCCCGACAUCAGAGCCAUGGAGAAUGGUGACAUAGACGAGGCCAGCAAAGAGAAGGAGAGACUGGAGGAGAAGCAGAGAGCUGCGCGGAAGGAGAGAGCCAAUCAGAACGAGGAGUGGAGCCCCAGGUGGUUCCAACUGGGCACCAACCCACACACCGGCUCCCAGGACUGGCUCUACAGCGGCGGCUACUUCGACAGGAACUACAAAAACCUUCCAGAUCUAUACUGAUAGCCUGCUAGCCUUCAUCUUUCUCCUCCUCCUCCUCUGCCUGGUCUUUAACCUGCAGUUUACCUUUUGGCAAAGAGAGUUGAUAAAAAAUGCAUACAACCACCUUUGCUCGUAUCGCCAUCUCCCUGCCUUCAUACAAACUGGUUGGAGGAGAAGCCGAACAUCUGUCGUACACAAGACUGUCUUCACAUCUGUCUUACUUUCACCAACUCGAAGGGAGGUGGUGAAAAUAAGACAAACGGCCGUCAUAUGUCUCUUCCCAGCCCCGGCACUAUACAGAGCACAAAAAAAAAAUCACUUAUUUUCUGGGCAAUCCCAUCAGCAGAGAGCUGGAAACGUUCUCAUCCAGAGUCACACGUACAGACUGAACAUUCAACAACUUUGCAAUCAUACUCUUUCCUUUCAGCUGCCUUACCUCUGCGCAGUUGCCUAUGACUUAUAAAGAAAUAGAUAAGUGGAAACAUUAACUUGGUCCUUGUGAACCUCCAUGAUGGAUUUGUGGAUUUAAAGGGACACCCAGUCAACAAAGGAAAUCAGGGAUGUGAAUGUUCCUUUGGCUGAAGACGGAUCCGGAAACUCUAAAAGACUCGAAACACUUACAAAUAAAUGGGGAAGACGUUUAUGGAACAAAUGUCUGCAUCUACCGUUGGACUGAUUAUUUACAGCGAGUAAUGUCUGCAUCUCAUUUCCCCUUGAAACACUUUGCUUUUCCUUUUACUCGCCCAGUAACACCGAAGUCGCAUCAGAGUGAUCCAAAGUGAGCUCAGAAAUGAAGGUCCUCCUCACUUGAAGCUGCCGUUUCCUUUGUGUCUUUUUGUAAAAAGUGACUUUACUAACCAGGAGAGCAUGUACGCAGGCUCGCUCCGACGCUCGGUUCGUACACAAUAAAUGGAAACAUGGGAAACUGGGUUUAUUAGGUAAUCCAUGACUUUCUUUUUGUAUUUUUUAGACAAAUGAGCUCAAUUGAAGAGCAGAAUAUAUAUAUAUAUAUAUAUAUAUAUAUAUAUAAACAAGCUGGUUUUUGGUUGUUGCGAGGCUGGAAAAUGAUACUUGUGUACUUUUAAAUCUGCAGGAUGUUGGUGAUGUUUACAUAGUCUCACUCCUGUGUUUACACCGCAACCUUGAUGAAAUAUUAGUCUGAAAAAAAAACAACAAAAGGUGUCAAAAACUGGUCUUUACAACCCACCCGUGCGUCCACAUCCUGUUCUGGGGCACUAAACUAAACCUUUUAAUAAGCUCAAACGUACAUAGGUAACCGUUGUUGUUGGGCCGAGGAGCGGAAAGGAGAGUCUGUAAGCGUAAAUCGGUAGCUGCACAUCAGCCGUGUCAAUGCGUGUGAGUCACAGGAGAGAGUUAAUUUGCUGUGAAGGAAGGGGAAACAAGCUAAUGUGUUUCACUGUAAUAAUCUCCUAGAACGCAGCCGCUCGGCGCUCACUGGCCCGAUUGGAUCAAUUGUCUCUGGCGGUCUCUGCAUCUCCCCCACGAAAAAAUGCUCUUUGAAAACACGCCAAUGACCACCGCCGAUAAAACAGCUGCUUUGAGUAAAAAAACAAACAACUAAAGUGUAAAAAACGACCAAUGAAAAAGACUCCGAUUGUAGUUUUCUGUCUUCUGUCAGCCUCCGUCCUGCUGCAGGUGCACAUGUCCGUCCGUGCCUUUGGGGUCCGUUGUCUCGUCCAGAAAUGGAUCAGCCUAAAAACAAAACCCGCCGAUUUAGCGAAUGAAAGUUCGGACAGCAGCUCCAGAACCGACCGGCUUUAUUAACUGGUCAGGCAGCUCUGUGACAGCAGAACCAGAGGGAACAAUAAUGCUGCCUAAAAGCCUGCAUGGUCAUUAAAGCUGCCCGGCCCAGCGUGCGGGGGGUAACAUGAAAGGAUGAAAGGUCGUACUUUCCAAUCACAGGUUCUGAUGUUUGUUUUUAUGGUGAAACCUGGCUGAAAGGUUCUUAAACGCACCGCUACGCGCAAACUCAAGCUGAAAUAAAACACGCCAAAGCAGUCAAAUGACCCAUUUUAAGAUUUGUCUUGAAUGUCAAUGUAGGGAUUUAAGUUAUGAAGAGGCAAAAACGUCACCCUGUGAUCCACUCUGACCUGUGAACAUUUGAAAAAACAAACAAAACAACCAACUAGCGAUGUCAAAUCUCAGCUCAGCAUAACUUUUCACUCACAUCUUCUUUUAAAACUGUAAUGAAUGCUUGUUGCUUUGAUUUGUCUCACUCUUUUUUUUUUCCUUUUUAAAAUCCCUGUUUAUCGUUUAUGUCGUCUUUGCUUUUAGGAGAUGAUUGCUGAACUACUAAAAACUUGCCAGAAAUGUGGUAGGAGCAUUCAUCCAGGUGAUGGAUGAUUCUGUUUCAGACAUGUUCAGCUAAUAAACCUCACUAAUCACUUUUCUGUGUAAAGAAACAAGCAAAAAAAAAA